UUUUUGAGGCGUUUUUUAGCAAAUAUAUGCGGCGUUGUAGAUGUCGCAACAAUCUUUUUAACAAGUGAGGUUACUGGUUAAGAUACAAGUGUUUUGUAAAAUGACAGUAUUUUGAUUUAUAAACAAAUUAAAAUAAUUAUUUAGUUUUAGUGUUUAAUUUAUGAUUCAGAAAAUGUGGAAAAUUAAAGAUUUGCACGACCAAAAAAUAACUUAUAUUUCAAACGAGGUUGCCACAAUUGGUAGAAAUAUUAAUGCUAAUAUAGUUUCAUAUCAAAAACAUGUGUCUAGAAUACAUGCCAAGUUAUUUAAAAAGGAAAGGAGCUUGUUUUUAAAAGACAACAAUACAAGUAAUGGAACAUUUGUCAACAAUAAAAAAAUUCCUAAGGAUACAGAAUAUUUACUAAAAGAGGGUGAUAUUAUAAGCCUUGGUACAGGAAUCACUUAUAGAGUAAAUGGUAACAUUUCAAGAGUAGUUAAAUAUGAGGUUCAAAGAGAGGAUGCAAAUGUUUCUGAAAAUAUAGAAAAUAUAGAAAAUUUUCUGAAUGAGCCUAGUGAAGAAGCCGAAUUAUUGAUUCCCAAUGGCACAAAUUCUAUUAAUGAGGAUGAUAAAAUAAACAAAAAUCCUUUGAAUAACAAUUUUAAAAAAAGUUCCAAACAAUCAACCUCAGGAGAAGAAUUCAAAGAAAUUCCAGAAGUUGAUAUUACUAGUGAUGAAGAAGUUUUUCCUUCAUCAAAUGACAACAAAAAUCUUGAAAAUAAAAAAGAAGAUUUUAAAGAACCACAACUAUCAAAGGCAAACCAAAACGGUUCCAAAUUAUUUGAUGAAAGUGAUAUUAUCAUUUUAUCAGAUGAUGAUGAUGAUGAUAAUUUUUCAUGUUCUCAGUUAUUAAAUAUUGACUUAAAAAAGGAAAAUGAUUUAGAUGACAGUUUAUAUCCCUACAAAGAAAUAAAAGAGGAACUUUCUGCACUUGAUGAAAUUGAGGAAAAUAUAUUAAAUAAGGUUCCUAUUGAUCUGGAAGAUGAUUUUUCCAGCACUUGUGAUUUGAUUAAUUGUUUGGAGUCUCCCAAUCCCAAAGUCAACAAUAAAAAGUUGGAAGAACUAGACAUUUCAUGUAUACCAUCAACAUCUGCAGAGGAAAUUUUUGAAAAACAAAAAUAUCCAAAUAAUGUGGAUGAAACUGAAAAACAAAAAGCCGCAAAAUUUCAAAAAUUCAACAAACAUUUACUAAAUGAAACCCCAUAUUCAACACCCCCUGUUGUUGAAGCACAUCAUUUGCCAAGCAAAAGAAACAAAUUAAGCACCAGUCCUAAAACUGGGGUGAAAAGAACGCAUGAAGAAGAAAAGCCAGAGACACCCAAAAAGCAAAAAACCAGGAGAAGCAGAAAGUCCAAAAGCCCAGUACCAAAAAAGCUCACCAAAGAAGAGAAAAAACUACAUGACCAAGUGGUAAAAGAGCGAAUUAAGCAACUUGCCACACCAACAAAUAAUGAGCCAACAGGAGCUAGAGUUACCACCAGAAGACCUUCAGUUGGAACUGCAAAAGUAAAAGUUUCGGAGAGUCGCGGGAACUUUUUGUUAGAAUCUGGACCACCUGUGCCCGCCAAAAGGGAUUCAAGAGAGCGAGCAAAGCUGUCAAAAGAUAUCAAAAUACCCUUCAAAGAGUUGAACAUUGUACCUGGUGUAGUUCAAAGGCCUGUGCAAAAUAAUUUCAGGUCCAGGGUGGACAUACAGGAUGUUUUUGAUAUGGUUGUUAAGUGGAAUGUUAGUUGGCUUAAUGACAGUAAUAUCACUCCACCUGUAAACCCACACGCACCCGUCAAAAUGUUGAGAUCAUUUAAUUCUUUCAAUGAAUAUAAUAAUAUUAUAUCACCUUUAAUGUAUUUGGAAACGUGGGAAUUCAUAUCGCAAACUUUCCACAAGGAAAACUUGGAAACAAUUAAAGUUAUUAAACUUUCUCACAGAUUUAUUGGACAAAGCCUGCACAUAGACUGUAAAUGCUAUUUAGAGAAAAAGCAAAGGGCAGACAUAAUUAAAAACGAUGACUAUGCGUUAAUAGAGUAUUCAUAUACAGACCCAAAAACAAAGCAAAAAAUUCUUCAGAUCAACUUUGGCCUAAUACAAAAUUUGGUGUGGAAAACAAUUGAUAAAAAUGAUGGAAGUUGUUUUGAUACAAGCUUGGUUGGGUUAGAUUCGCCACAUACCAAGUUAUCUUUUACUAUAAUGACCAGAAAUGUUGAAAGCCGAUACCCAAUGGCUAAAACUUUUUUGGUGAAGUCAAUAGCCAACUUAAAAAUUACGUUUAAAAUGUUUAAAACCUUAAGGCUUUUGGAGAAGUCACCUAUUUGCAGAUUGGUUUUGAAACCUGCCAUCGAAGAUUUUACUUUUCCUUUGUAUAAUAAUCCACUUAUUUGUGAAGGUAUGCUUAAUCCACAACAAAAGCACAUUGUUAAAGAAGCUACAUAUUUAUGUUUGGGUAACACUGCCGGACUUUACUUAGUACAAGGACCACCUGGGACUGGAAAAAGUAGAUUGAUCGUUAAUUUAUUAUUCCAAAUUUUAAUGUCUGAUCCAAAAAAAAAUCCCUUAGUUUUGUUAACUGCACCAUCAAAUAAUGCAGUGGAUAAUCUUUUAAUAAAAAUACAAGAGUUUAGAAGUCAACUUACAGAUGAGCAACGGAAGGCGCUACGUGUGAUUCGCGUAGGCCCUGAGGCAAGCAUAGGAAAACAAGUAUCAAAAUAUAAGUUGAGUUUUUUUACAAAAAAAGAGAUGUUUUUAAAAUCAAACGAAAAUGCGCGCAAUCUGGUUAUGUCUGAGAAAGAUCGCGACGAAUAUCUGAAAAAACAUUACGGCCAUCAUUAUAACUAUGUGUUUAAAACAACUGAGACAGAUGUGAUAAAUGGGUGUAACGUGAUAUGCACCACUUUAAAUAGUUGUUUGCAUAAUCAAAUAAUGGAAGCAAUGAACAGAAAACAAGUAAAAUUUACUUGUUGUAUAGUGGAUGAGGCCUCCCAGUGCAGUGAGCUUGAAUGUUUAGCCCCCACUCAACUCGGAAUAGACAAAUUCGUUUUAGUCGGAGACCCGAAACAGUUGCCAGCCCUGGUAAAUAACCCGCAAGCCUCGACUUUGGGAUACAGCAAAUCCCUUUUUCAGCGAAUUCUUGAGAACUUCCACAGAAACACGCCGGUGAGAAUGUUGCGCCAUCAGUACAGAAUGCACGAGGAAAUUUGCCGGUUUCCCAAUAACAAAUUCUACGAUGGGAAAUUGAUAUCGCUUCCUAAUUUCGAGAACAAAAUCAAGCCGGCCAUUAAACCCUACUUGGUGUUUGCGAUUAAAGAUCAAAAAGAGAAUUCUCUUAAGACUCAGUCGCUGUACGAAAACGAAAAAGAAGUCGCUUUUGUUAAGGAGUUGAUUAGAGUUUUAACAUCAUCGCAAAUUACCUCAACUUGUCCAUACACCAUCGGUGUUUUGACGCCAUAUUCUGCUCAAAAGAAAAGGAUUAUUCAGGCUUUAAGUGAAUUUAAAUUUGCCAGUAAUAUCACGGUAAACGUAAACACAGUGGAUAGUUUUCAAGGACAGGAACAGGACAUAGUUAUUAUUUCAUGUGUCAGACAUUCGACAAACAAUUUCUUGCAAAGCACAAAUCGGUUUAACGUUGCGUUGACUAGAGCCAAACAGGCUUUAUAUGUUAUAGGAACCUACAAUUUGUAUAAGCACAACCAGCUACUGUAUGAACUAAGAGAAGAUGCAAAAGUAAGAAAACUUCUAAUAGAUUUCCAAGGAAUUUCAUCAAAACUUGCGGAUUAUUUACGUAAAUACAUAUUUAUGUAAAUGAUUUUCCAAUGUGAAGUUACUCACUCAGCUGACCUGUGAUACUUUUAGUUCAAGAUUUGUUUUAGUUACUUAAUUUGUUUUCUUGUUUUAAUUUUAGUUAAAGUUAAAGCUAAUGUGCCAAAUAGCUCUUUUUGGAUUGUUCUUUCUACCUUUUUUAAGAGAAUUUCAUCUUGAUUUUGUUUUGUUUUGAAGCAUUCCCAUAAUUAAAACUUAGUUUAAAUUUACACAAAAUAAUAUUUUGCUAAUAUUAUUUAAUCUCACUUCAAUGUAA